CCGGGCCGUGCUGCCAUGGCGCCCUGCGCGCUGCUGCUGCUGCUGCUGGCGGCGGCCGCGCCGGCGCUGCUGGCGGGCGAGGCAGGCGGCUGCGGGCCGUGCGUGGCGGCGCGGUGCCCGGCGCUGCCGGCGCGGGGCUGCCCGCUGGGCCGGGUGCGCGACGCCUGCGGCUGCUGCUGGCAGUGCGGGCGCGGCGAGGGCGAGGCGUGCGGCGGCGAGGGGCGCUGCGCCGCCGGCCUGGAGUGCGUCAAGAGCCGUAAGCGCCGCAAGGCCAAGGGCAGCCCGGGCCCCGCCGCCGCCGCCGCCCCGCUGGGCGUGUGCGUGUGCAAAAGCCGCUACCCGGUGUGCGGCAGCGACGGGCUCACCUACGGCAGCGGCUGCCAGCUGCGCGCUGCCAGCCUGCGCGCCCAGAGCCGCGGCGAGCCCGCCAUCAGCCAGCGCAGCAAGGGAGCCUGCGAGCAAGGACCUUCCAUCGUGACUCCUCCUAAGGACAUCUGGAACAUGACGGGCGCACAGAUCUACCUGAGCUGUGAAGUGAUAGGCAUCCCAACCCCUGUCCUCAUCUGGAACAAGAUAAUUCGGGGACAGUAUGGUGUCCAAAGGAUGGAGCUUCUGCCUGGGGACCGAGAGAACUUGGCUAUCCAGACCCGAGGAGGGCCUGAGAAACAUGAAGUGACUGGCUGGGUACUGAUAUCUCCUCUGAGCAAAGAGGAUGCCGGAGAAUACGAGUGUCACGCAUCAAAUGCCAAAGGAGAAGCAACAGCUUCUGCAAAAAUCCAUGUUGUGGAAACUCUACAUGAAGAUGAUGGUGCAGAGCUGUGAUGUGACAACUUUCACUUACGCAAGUUUUAAGUUAGUAUUUUGGAAAGCUGCAACCUCUGGCUUUUUCUACCCCACUGAUCAGUUCCCUCUUACCUUCGUUAUUCCUUGACUAUCGAUUUGCUUGCACACUUUUUUGCACAUAUACAAAUAAACAGAUUCACAAGUUUGAUUACAAAUUUUAAUUCUAUUUACAGGAAAUAAACAUACCAUACUUCUGAGCAGUA